AUGCUCCCAGAGACCCACUCGACUUGUCGCUCCACCUCAGUCCAGACAGUACGGAUAUUCGCGUCAAACAUCAUCUGCCUCUCGGUCGGCCUGGAGUCGAGACAAUCCGCCCGAAUCUUCAAGUACUCUCCCUCCAUUGGCUACAAAUACCGAUACACGCACACGAACACGGCGCAACAAGUAUGCUUCGCUCACUUGCGACUCGCCCGUGUCGUACCUACAGUCUCAACCUUCCGCCGGGAAUCCCAGCAUCGUCUGAUGAAUGUGAGACCAAGCGGCCAGCCGGGCGCAAUACCGCACGGUCGCAUGGACUCUGAGACCAGCUUGCCUUAG